ACGUGAUGCACUGUUGCAUGCACUUUGCUGUUAUUAUGCAAAAAUAAAUCGUUUGACAUUUAAGGAACCAUACAUAAAUCCAAUCAUUUUCGAAGAAACUCUUGCGAAAAUCGUGCCAUUUCGUGUUAAGUUCUUCGACCGAGCGUCCACUCAUGCACAUACACGUAUGCAAAAAGGUAUGGAGUGAGAGUUGCUUAUGGUGACGCGUUACUACCCACGUAUUUCCAACCGAACGGUUAAUCGGACAAUCGGUUUCGAAGAAAGUUUCAGUUGACGCGAAACCAAGAGAGGCAACGCAAUCGUUUACAUUAAAUAAAAAAGUAAUUGUUAAAUAAAUUUGUGUUAUUAUAAAUAAACAAUUUAAAUAAAACCCCGUGAUAGAAUUACCUACAAAUAAGUUUAAAGUGUUUCAUAACGUAUUAAUUUGCAACGCAUUAUUAAGGCAUUAAAGUUACAGUGUGCGAGUGAAAGUGAUUUAAUAUUGCAUAUUUGAGAGUUAAAAACUCUUAAAGUUAUCAAACUUUACAUUUUUUAGCGAACAAAAAAAAUUUGUAUUUGUAAAAAUAUAGAUAGUAAUACUCAGCAAAAUGAGUAAUUUUGUUGGAAGUAAAUUUAUUUUCGUUUGGUGCCUCUUAUAUUUAUGUUCUGAAGUUCACACUGAACACUCAUCACAAUAUUUCCAAGAAUCAUCUGACAAUACUCAAUGCAUUUUCAAUAUUCCUCAGAAGAUUUACAAUGUAACAGAUUUAUUACGAUGUAUGGAUGAACUCGCUGUCGAUCUUCUCGCUCAAAACAGUGAUCGAUCAUUAACUGUUAGACAGACAAGCCAAAUGGACUCGUCAGUUUACAAAGAAAAUUCUUACGGAUUUCCUUAUGGAAACAUAAUCUUAAAUUUAUUUAACAAUGCCCAAAUUCCAUUGGAACAGCACAAUUUUCCAUUAGAUUCUAUUAUCGGUAAUUAUCAGUUAAAUACGCCGAACAAUCCUUUGAAUCAAUUUGGUGGAUUUGGAACAAAUAUUUUUAAUGCUCUGUCGUCGAUCUCACGUAACGAUGAUCUGAAGUGCGUGCCCAGAAUACUUUGUGAGGUGGCGAGUGGAAAGCCACCGGGAGAAUACAAGCGAGCAUCAACAAAAAAUAACGAGCAAUAUUUAGGAGAAUUUGGAAGAAAUAUCUUCACUCAGUGGCUUGCCGGACUGACAGAAACAUCUCCCAUAUUCAAUUUUGCCCGAGCCGCCGUUUUGGGUUACAGCAGCAACGGAAAUUCGGCCAUGUGUUUUCGCGCGUUUCCGAGAUGUCCGCGUAAUCCCGACAAACUGGUACAUUAUCUGAACAAUUAUAAUGGCGGAUUCUUCCGGUUCUUUAGAGGGCACGGGAGUUAUUCUCAAACACCUUACGUUUCGUCAGAUAAUUCGAAAUUUCUCGGAGAAAGAAAAAGGAAAAUUUCGCCGCUAGGCAUCGCCGAAGCGGAGGCUGAUCGUGCUGGAACGGACAAACUAAACUUCGACAGCUUUACCGACAGCCUUCUGACUGCUCGCCAAGGUUACAGAAAAAUUUUCUUUCCGAAGGAAAAUUCAUUACAGAACUCGGGACGAAUGGUUUUUCCGGAUCACGAGGAAUCAAAUAAUCGCCUACUGAAAAACAGAAUUCCUAAAUCCGUGUCGGAUUUAGAAGAAUCCGACGUGAAUACAUUUUUACAAGAAUCUCCUCUGAUUUUUCCUGAGGAAUCGACGGAUCAAGAUGUCCAUGUUUUGCGUUUUAUUCCUGAACCUCUGGAUUCGGUAUCCCCUAGUGCAUUUAAGUUUUCACGUUAAUAUUCACGUUAAUAUUCUCGAUUAAAUUUGUAUGUAAUAUUAGCUACAUAAUAUUAGGAUUAUUAAAUUUUAUUUAUUAAAUUAAUUAAGAUACUAACAGUGAUUCAAAAAAAAUUAAGCAAAUUAACUUUAUUGCUAUUGUUUAACAUAUAUACCGGCUGAUCCACUAACAAUUACGCAUUUUUUUUUAAUUUAUAUUUUACAUUCUACUUCCCAAAUGUUUUGCGAUGAAAUAUGUAAAUGUGAGAGAGAGAAAGAGAGAGAGAGAGAGACAAACAAGUCAUUCAACCUUUUUUUACGCUGUAUUCAUCCUUUCAACAUUACAUAGUUAUUCAAUCCUUUCAUCCAUCACAUUGACGAUGUGCAUAGCCAGCAAAAUACCAGAAAUUGUAGACUCAGCUAGAAACGCAAUUUUGAUUUCGAUAGGCAAGCAUCGACCAUUCUACGUGACAAAGCAUAUUUUAUCCUCGCAAAUUCACAAAGGAUUCUUUUUUCGUGCCGCCUCACCUUUUCUCACAAUGGAUGAUUUUACAUCCUUUUCAAAAUAUAUUUUUCGAGAAAUAAAAUU